AUGGCCUACCCAGACCUCUUCAAGGGAGUGGGCUGUCUAAAGGACUUCCAGGUGCACCUCCGUGUUGACCCCAGUGUUCAACCAGUAGCCCAACCUCACAGACGCAUUCCCUUUUCUAUGCGAAAGCCACUGGAAAAAGAGCUCGAAAGGCUACAGUCCCUUGGCAUAAUCGAAAAGACUGAAGGACCAACCCCCUGGGUAUCACCAAUUGUCGCAGUACCGAAGCCACAUGACCCCGAGCACAUUCGAAUGUGUGUUGACAUGCGCUGUGCCAACCAAGCUAUCCAGCGUGAGAGACACGUCACACCCACAGUGGACGACAUCUUUGUUGCUUUGAACGGCUCCAUCUUAUUCUCUAAACUCGAUCUGAAAGAUGGGUACCACCAACUAGAACUUGGUGCAUCAUCCCGUGUGAUCACCACUUUCUCCAGACAUGCUGGGCUCUUCCGAUACAAGAGACUCAACUUCGGAAUCAACUCGGCAGCCGAAGUGUUUCAGGACACCAUCCGUCAGGUUCUAACUAACAUCUCCAACGUGCUCAACGUAAGCGAUGACAUAUUGGUGUAUGGAAAGACUGAGAAAGAACAUGAUAAGGCUUUGAAGGCCGCAUUGGAAUGCCUACUUGCAAACUGA